UGUUCCAGAGAAAGAAAAACAGAAUGCUAUGUCAGAAAAGCCCAAAAUGGAAGGUCAGGUGGGGAAAUGAAACUGGAUUGGUGGCAGUGUUUACAGAAACACAUUCUGACCUCUAUAUUUAGCGUUUUCAUAUUUAAUGUGUGGAUAUCCUCUCUACUCCAAAAAUGCAAUCUAAAGAGUUCCCCUUAACUUGACCAAAGUAGCCACUUAAUUUGAUGUCGAUUUCAAGAAAUAUAACAGAGAACAAAUAUAACAUAAAAAAAAAAAAACAAUGUUGUUUGAUGGACCUGGUGUUAAGGUUAUAAUUAAACAGACUGAAGUUCCUCCGAUUCAAACAAACAGACUUAUCAGUGAAAAGUGGACUUAAAUCAACGUCAAAUUAAUCAUUUUUAUGCAGUGAGAUGAAAAAUCUAUGUAAUUAAAAGUCUGUCAGUAAGGUUCUCUCAGUGGCUCUUAUGCAUCUAAUGUGCAGAGUUUAGUCAGAAAACACAGAAUCCAGCUUGUUUUAUGCUACAGUACAUCUAUGCUACUAGUUUCUGUUCGUCUAUGUUUGUGUUUAGACAGUGCUAACAGUACAUGAAGCCCACUGGUUUCCUCAUUUCUAUUUCUAAGAGAAGAGUAACUUUGCUUCUGCUUUAGUUUGUCUGUUGCCUUGAGGAACUGAAAGAUGUGGAGCCUUUACUUGCUCCUCAUGUGCACUGCUAUGAGUUGCGUGACCGGUGAUGUAAUCUCUGUGUUCGGAUAUGAGGGCAGCGCUGUGAAGGUUCCCUGUCUAUAUGGUCGAGGAUAUGAGGAUUAUGAAAAGUACCUGUGCAAACACGACUGCAAAGUUGAUGAUGACGUACUUAUUAAAUCAAAAGGAAAUAACAACAAAUACUCAACCAAUGAUGACAAAAGAGCAAGAACCUUCACAGUGACUAUCUCUGACCUUCGUCUUGAUGAUGCUGGAAAAUACUGGUGUGGAGUGACCAAAGACUUUACAGAUAUAUACAAGGAAGUAAAGCUGAACAUAAGACCAGACAGAUGCUGCGACAGGGUGAAUAAAAUCCAAAGUAUUGAGGAAGGUUCAGUGACCAUCAGCUGUCCGUACGACUCUCAGUCUGUCAACAAGCUGAAGUUCCUCUGCAGAGGAAACCGGCCCUCCACAUGUCGACAGCAGGCAGUGAUCACCUCUAGCAACACACAAAAUGGACGAUUCAGACUCUCUGAUGACAGGAAGUCAAGAAUAUUCACAGUGACCAUUUCCAGUCUGACCCUGAAGGAUUCUGGGUCGUAUCUUUGUGGAGUCCAGAGAAUCUCAGGAUUUGAUGUUUUCUCUGCUGUUGAACUGAAGGUCAAAGCAAAAUUGUUCUGUCUGAAGUCGUACCACAUCAGUGGCAUCGAGGGACGUCCAGUAACUCUGCAGUGUCCUAAUUCAGGACAACAACUUGAUAACAAGAAGUUCCUCUGUAAAGGAGACCAACACAACAACUGUACAGACAUGAUGGAGAACCAAACAAAGUUCAAGCUGCUCAAUGUCUCCUCCACCUGUUUCUCUGUGAUCAUCACUGAACUGGAAGCAGCUGAUGCAGGAACAUACUACUGUGGUUCAGACUCUCAUCUGAGAUUCAUAAAGAUACAGCUGGCAGUCGUCUCUCCAAAUCAAACCAGCUCUGUGGCUCCAACCAGCUCUGCUGAACAAGUUACAUCACAGCCAUCGUCACAUAAUCCUGUCUCUUCACAGCAAACCAGCUCUGUGUCUCCAACCAGCUCUACUGAACAGGUUACAUCACAGCCACCAUCACAUAAUCCUGAUGUUUCUUUAUUCUACAUUCUGCCUGCGGUCUUCGCUCUGCUUCUGAUCCUGACAUUUGUCCUUUUGCUGGUUUUAAAAUACAAAACAAGGAUCAAGCAAGUGGAUGGAAUCAAUGCAAACGUGUUGUACUCUGCUGAUAAUAAUGUGGAGAUGAGAAUCAAUGAUAUCUAUGAGUUACAAGAAGAUGCUGUUUACAUAAACUCUUCCACUCCAAACAUGUUAAGUCAUGACAAUGAUAUCUACAACAACGUCCUUUAAAGGAGACCUGCAGAAAUUAGGAAACACGUGACCAGAGUUUCUGCCAUCUUAUGUAACAGCUCAAUAAAGCAACCAAAUGCUGGUGUGUUUUCAUUUAGACAUGUUUUUAAUAUUUAUUAAAUAACGUUAUCUGAACGUGAGCUAUUCAAUAUUCACAAAUGCUGUAAUUUCAAUGUCAUUGUAAUGAAUAUAUAAGCUGCAAUAAACCAACCUUUUCACCAA